AGGAGACCCUCGAGGUACCUUCAGCACCUCAUGCAGAAGCAAACUCAUCCAUUUCACAAACGAGUUGGCAACUGCCUCGCCAUUCCUCCCAUCUGACACACACACAUACCCGCAUCCUCAUUUCUGCUGAGGUUCUUCUGCAGGGAAAGGAGGAAUGAGGAAGCCGGUGCUCCUAUGGGUCUUCACAAUAGGAGGAUGCAACCGAAAAGGCUAAACUUCCCGGCAACCCUCUUGUCUCGCCAAGCCCCAAAACUCAAAACUGCUCGGUAUGAAGGGCGGGGAGGAAGAUCCACUGUUAGCAGCUUGGAGUAUCGUUACCUUGGGUGGGUCCUGGCAGAUCUUGAAACCUCCGCCUCCACCCACGCAAUAAGACUUUGACAGAAGAACCAAGCAUUCAGAAAGUGGCCGGUCUCCUUCAUUGAUAGCAUGGAGUUCACAUGGAGAUUGAGAGCAACGUCUAAAAUCCAGAUGAAAUGCUUACGGGAUUUCCUCUUCGCUGAUGAUGAUGCCGUCACUGCUCACUCUGCUGAAGACCUUCAACAACUUAUGGACAGUUUUAGCAAGGCCUGCCAAGACUUUGGACUAACGAUCAGCCUGAAAAAAACACAAGUCAUGGGUCAGGAUGUGGAUUCACCUCCCUGUAUUACAAUCUCUGCACAAGAACUGGAGGUCGUCCAUGACUUUGUGUACCUCGGCUCAACUAUCUCUGACACUCUCUCUUUAGAUACUGAGCUGAAUAAACGUAUUGGUAAAGCGGCCACCACAUUUUCCAGACUUACAAAGAGAGUAUGGCUUAAUAAGAAGCUGACGGAACAUACAAAGAUCCAGGUCUAUAGAGCCUGCGUCCUGAGCACACUCUUGUACUGCAGUGAGUCUUGGACCCUCUACGCACGGCAGGAGAGAAAGUUGAACACCUUUCAUAUGUGCUGUCCACGACGAAUUCUUAGCAUCACCUGGCAGGACAAAGUUCCAAAUAGUGCAGUCUUGGAACGUGCUGGAAUUUCUAGCAUGUAUACAUUAUUGAAACAGUGACGUCUACGCUGGCUGAGGCAUGUCGUGAGAAUGGCUGAUGGUCGGAUUCCGAAAGAUCUCCUGUAUGGAAAAUUAGUGCAGGGAAAGCACCUCAGAGGGAGACCACAGCUGUGAUAUAAGGAUAUCUGCAAGACAGACCUAAAGGCCCUGGGAAUGGACAUUAACAACUGGGAAACCUUGACCUCCGAUCGUUCAGCUUGGAGACUAAAGAUGCAGCAUGGCCUUCUCCAAUUCGAACAGACACUUGUUCGGCAGGCUGAGGAAAAGAGGCAGUCUCGGAACCAGUGAAAUCUGGGGGCUGGGCAGGGGACAGAAUGUAUCUGCCCUCAGUGUGGAAGGGAUUGCCAUUCUCGAAUUGGCCUUUUUAGUCACACUAGAUGCUGUUUUAGGACCUCUUUCCAGAGCACGAUACCAUAGUCUCUUGAGACUGAAGGAUGCCAAUGAGCCUGCUUCAGGUCCUUCCACAAUGUUUCUAUAUGAUGAAGGACAGGACAUUAUUAUAUAACAUCUGCUUUCUUUGGUUGUAUGAUUUGUAUGUUUGGGGAUCAUAAGCUUGCUACAUGACCCUCUUUCUCUUGAGCUUCAAUUCAUGGACAGAUACCCUGACAUUUUCCUGUAGAAUUUACUGAUACAAUUCAUAAUCCAUAGUUCCAUCGAUGAUGACACACCAUCCUUAAGGCAGCAUACAUACAUAAAUAUGUGAGUAGUUCAGCCACUACAAAUAAUCAUUAAAAAGUCAAUAGAAGUAGCAGCACCAUAAAUGAUGAUCAGUCUUCCCAAU